AUGGCACAUCCAACACAACUAGGAUUCCAAGACGCGGCAUCACCCGUUAUAGAAGAACUUCUACACUUCCACGACCACGCACUAAUAAUUGUACUCCUAAUUAGCACCCUAGUAUUAUAUAUUAUUACUGCAAUGGUUUCAACCAAACUUACUAACAAAUACAUCCUGGACUCCCAAGAAAUCGAAAUCGUAUGAACUAUCUUACCAGCCGUUAUUUUAGUCUUAAUCGCCCUACCCUCACUACGCAUCUUAUACCUUAUAGACGAAAUUAACGACCCCCACCUAACAAUUAAAGCAAUAGGACACCAAUGAUACUGAAGUUAUGAGUAUACAGAUUAUGAAAACCUAGGCUUUGACUCCUACAUAAUCCCAACUCAAGACCUUACCCCAGGACAAUUCCGACUCCUAGAGACUGACCACCGGAUAGUUGUUCCCAUAGAAUCCCCAGUCCGUGUCCUAGUGUCCGCCGAAGAUGUAUUGCACUCCUGAGCUGUUCCAUCCCUAGGCGUAAAAAUAGACGCAGUGCCAGGACGACUAAAUCAAACUGCCUUCAUCGCCUCACGCCCAGGCGUAUUCUAUGGACAAUGCUCAGAAAUCUGCGGUGCCAACCACAGCUUUAUACCAAUCGUAGUAGAAGCAGUCCCACUAGAACACUUCGAAAACUGAUCCUCAUUAAUACUAGAAGACGCCU